AUGAGCGGUUUUUGCGGCGUGACUGGCGGCGAGAGGCGCCUGGGCUACGCGGCGCGGGGUUAUCAGAGCGCAGCGGCGAUGGCGGUGGUGGACGAGGCUCGCGAGGAGGCAAUGAACGAGGAACGGUGGAGAACGCUGAAGGAGAAAACGGUUCUAUCGUGUACCACGUUCAACGUCCUUGCGCCAAUUUACAAGAGAAUGGGUGUCGAGAGCGAGAGGGAGAGCGCGUGUCAGCAUGUAUGGCGGGAGCGCAACCAGGAGAUCAUUAAAACGUUGCUCCACACCAAGUCGUCCAUCCUGUGCUUGCAGGAAUGUUGGCUGGCCAAUCCGGAGUGGGUAGACAUGUACGACACAGCGUUACAGGGUGCUGGUUACCAGCUUCUCAAGCUGCCUCGCACAAACGCCAGGGGAGAUGGCCUCAUGAUGGCAGUGAGGGCGUCUGAGUGGGAGGUGGUAGACCACCAUCCACUCAUUGUUCGUCUGUGCCAGGUAUACAAGCUCCUGGAGCGCAUUGAUGGGUACAGAGAGGAGCACCACACCGGUGCGCUGCCCAUCAUACUCUGCGGGGACCUGAACGGCACGAAGCAGGGCAACGUGUACAAGCUGCUCAGGGCGCAUGGCUUUGUGUCCUCCUUUGACUCGGCGCACCACCACAGCGACGACGACGAGCAGUGGGUGAGUCACCACAACCACCACGGCAACCUGUGUGGGGUGGACUAUGUGUGGGUGCUCAACCCAGAGCAGCACCACCGAGCACUUGCAGUCAACUGGCGGACGGCGGUCUUUGGCCUUACUCGGUCCAAGCUCGCUUCGGCCGGCAUCACCAACGUGGAAGCUGCUUUUGAGUUUUUCCUGCGGGCGGGUGAAGGGCGGACGGCAGGGGAACGGGCGGCAGAGGGGCGGGCGGCAGAGGAGGGAGAUGCUGCUUUCAGCAUGGGCGAUUUCCAGAGGGGUCUGGACCGACUGGGGUUGACUGGCGUUGACUCCAUCGGACUGACGCGCAUCGAGGUGGAGGAGCUGAUGCGGUCCGCUGACUGCCAGGGGAAGGGCUGCGUUGAAUUUCAAGACUUCAAGCCCACAUGGGAUGACACCGUGGCAGCUCUCAGGCACUCACUUGCCACGUCAUGCUCUGCUGACUCACCUCCACCACGUGCUGACUCAACCGCUGCUGACGUCCACAGAACCACCUCUGACAUCAGCAGUGUGUCGACUGACAUCAGCAUCACCUCAGCUGACAUCAGCAGCCCUGGUCGUCUGAGUUCAAUGUGCAAUCUUUCCACCACCAGCAAUCAGCAAACUCAGCACACUCAAUGCGUAUCCACAACCAUCCCCUCUCACCCGUCCACUCCCUCCCUCCAGUUCCUACCCUCCUCGCAACCAUCACGGCCCUUUUCCCCAUCUUCCCACCUCUCCCCAUUCCCAUCAUCAUCACCCCUGU